CCAAAUUGUCAACUCCUAGAUCGUCGUCCGCCAUACAGCUCAGGAUACCAUGAGCUUCCUCGCGCGAGCAACACCUGCUUCGUCUUCAAAGAUCAGUCUGAGGAGAUCAUUCGCCGCCACUGUCAGGGAUGUGCCUCUUCGCCCCACGACUCGCCCGCCGACGGCGAUCGUCAUGAUGAACAUGGGAGGACCAUCCACGAUCCCCGAAGUCCACGGUUUCCUGUCGAGACUCUUCCACGAUCAUGACCUGAUACCUCUUCCCAUGCAGAGAAUAUUGGCGCCUAUCAUCGCCUCACGAAGGACGCCGUCUAUAGAAGAGCAAUAUACCGCGAUCGGAGGUGGAUCACCGAUCCUUCGAUGGACUAGGAUCCAAGGCGAGGGAAUGUGCCAGUUGUUGGACGAGUUGAACCCCGAGACUGCCCCCCACAAAUCCUAUGUCGCUUUCAGAUACGCGGAGCCCUUGACCGAGACUUGUUUGGAGGAGAUGAAAGCGGACGGCGUGACGCGAGCCGUUGCUUUCAGUCAAUAUCCUCAGUACAGCUGCUCAACCACGGGCAGUAGUUUGAACGAAUUGCACAAGGUCACAAGGAGCAAGGGUGGAUGGGGUGGAUCAGGAGAGGUACAAUGGAGUGUAUUGGAUCGUUGGCCGACUCAGGAGGGACUUGUUGACGCCGUCGCUACGAAUGUUCAGGCUGCUCUGAACAAGUACCCCGAAGACAAACGAUCCGACGUUGUCCUUCUCUUCUCGGCUCACUCUUUGCCAAUUGAAAUCGUCAACCGCGGCGACCCGUAUACUGCCGAGGUAGCAGCGACAGUGCAUGCCGUGAUGAAGAAGCUAAACUUCUCCAACCCGUGGAGACUCACGUGGCAGUCUCAAGUCGGCCCAAAAGCUUGGCAGGGACCACAGACUGUAGAUGCCAUAGGAGGAUAUGCCAAGCUCGGUAAGAAGGAUAUCUGUUUGGUUCCCAUCGCCUUCACGUCGGACCACAUCGAGACGCUCUUCGAACUCGACAUCGAGGUGGCUCAUCAAGCCAAGAACCUCGGAGUCAACCUUUCUCGAGCCGAAAGUCUGAAUGACUCUCCAAUUUUCGUCAGAGCGCUCGCAGAUCUCGUCUCGGGACACUUGAAAGAUUUUGAUGCGGGCAAAAUUGGGCCCACUAGCACACAGCUGUCGUUAAGGUGCCCAAAGUGCACCAACCCAAAAUGUGGCCGGACGAAAGAGUGGCUGGCUGCUGGAGGAGUAGGACCUACCGUCUCUGCUUGAACAUCAGUCGAAUUGAACUCUCUAGUGCUUCUUCCAGAAUGUAGCAUAAUGCAUUU